AUGCGCCGCUUGAGUCUGUCCGGGGCUCAAUGGCAUCGUCAUGGUGUUCAUAAGAGUCGCCUUUGCUCCGGUUUCCCUCCCAAUCCUCAUCUGCGAAGGCAGUUCUCUUCGACAAUAAACCCCCUCUCAAAUGAAAAUGGUCGCAACAACGAACCUAAAGCUUCAAUACGAUGGUUUGAGCAGCCUACCCUCUCGAGCAAAGAGAAGAUUGAGGUAUACCCUGAGAAGGAAGAACAAGCCGAGCAAGAGGUUAUUUGGGCCAAAAUCAGGGAACUACAAGAGGAACUAAAGGAGAUAAAGCAAGGCCCGUUUGGACCCAACAGCCCAUUGAUGAAACAGCUGUCGGAAAACCAAAGACAAAUAGUACGUAACGCGGUCCGCAAAUACGAAGAAGAACAUGCAGAGGAGGAGGCAAAGGAUAAUAAGGAUUAUCAAGAUUUUUUUGGCGCCCUCGAAGAAAUUAUUGCGGAGGAGACUCAAGACUUGGAGACGCGCAAAUCAGCUGAAUGGAAUCCGAAGGAGAUGCUGGCACCGGCUAAAACCCCUCCUAAAGAGUCGUUCGAAGUUGAAUUAAAAGUCCCGGAUACAGCUCAAAUGCACGUUAACCGGUUCAAUCAAAAUUUAAAGCUUCUGAUUAAGGACCCAACAAGGGCCCAUAGGCAAGAGUUGUGGAGGUCAUAUCAACGAUGUAGAGCAACAAUACCAGCCUUCAUUGACUUAUUACCGGAAGAGACCUUGACCAUAAUGUGGAACUCUCAAAGCCAGAGCGCCAGCCCCCAAACUCCGCUCUUGGGACAUUGGGAGGAUUUGGCAGAGGACAUACUUUCGAAUGGUCGGGACUUAACUCAAUCUCAAUGGCUGCAGUAUAUUACUCUUCUUCUUGAAAGUGGACAGUCAAAUAAAGCUUUUUCACUGUGGAAAACUCGCGAGAAGCACUUGAACUAUGCAGCUGGCACAGAGGUUGAGCAGUUUUGGAACCUAGGGGUUCAGAUACUCAUAGCUAAUGGGGAAUUGGAACGCGCGCAGGAUAUUGCGAUGGCAUUUCUUGCGGACGACAAAUCUCGCCCCCCUCGGAUUUUAAUACCCAUCAUAAUUGCCUGGGCUAAAAUUCCAGGAAAUACGAACGGUGCCCGGGCUUGGACUUUGUAUCUACGGCUCAAAACGAUGUUAGGGACUGACAUAAUCAUGACAGAUUAUGAUUCCAUAAGUAUUGGCUUUCUCAAAGCUGGCAGAGUUGACAUGGCUGUUGCGGUCUUCAAAGAUAUGAUGCUCACUGGACAAACCACUACAUCCGACUCAACUUCUCUUUAUAACGCCUCCCUGGGUCUGGUUGGAAAUCUACAAGCUUCCAGCAUCACAGAAGCUGACGUGAAUAAAGUAUCUCUCUCCGCGUUGACGAUAAUGCCCCGAAAGUUCCAGAAUAAGUUCUUUUAUGCUAGUUGGUUGAAGAAGUUAAUUGGCAUGGGAGAGGUUGAUUCCGCCGUUGCGGUCGUUCAAUUGAUGUACGAACGAGGUAUUAAGCCAGAUGCAAGACAUUUAAACGGGGUCAUUGGCGGCUGGCUCCGAAAAGACAACCCUUCUGGCCGAGAAAAGGCUGAGAAGCUCGGAUGGGCGAUGAUUCAGGAACGGAUUGACCAUGUUUGGUCCCGGCAGAAGAACCCGUCUCCUGGGUCGAUUAAGCCAUCUGUCUAUGAUGCUGGGAAUGGAACCCGUUUACCGACAUAUGAAAACCAGACUGUUCCCCCGGCAAGCAUCGAGACAUUUUCUCUCCUGUUACUCUAUUAUACCCGACGCGGACAAGACCGCAUGGCUAACUACGUCAUUGAAUGCCUCGAGAAAGCCCAAAUGCGACCUAAUGCAUUCUUCAUGAAUCACCUCCUCUACGCAGAGUUACGCAAACAUGACGUCCUUGGCGUCUGGACUCGCUACCAGCAAAUGUCUGCCACCGUUCACCCAGACUUGGAAACAUUCGCCUGUCUCUGGGACUGCGGUAAAAUCCAAUAUGACCGCGCCCGACGACCAUUCGACGCCAACUUCCCCACCGCUCGAGUUCUCUUCCGAGAGAUGAUGGAUUGGUACUUCAGCCUAACACCACGCAACCAAACCAACGUCCGCCAACUCUUCUCAAAAGAUCUCUACGACCAAAUUCUCCGCUGCUUCUCCUUCUCCCUUGACCCUCAAGGUACGAUCGUCGCCCUGCAUUCCCUGCGGCAUGCUUUCGGCUACAUCCCAGACGUAGUCACAGGCCGCAUCCUAAUGUUUGAAGUCGUCCGCCUCCUCCCUCCCCUUCCCAAGGCAGAUAACAGUAAGAAGGCCCGCCGCCAACGUCGUCGCAUAUCUAUAAAUCCGCGAAGUAAAGAAACCCUUCAACAUGUGUCUAAAUUGUUAGAAACGCUUCGUGAUAGGAGAGAAACCCAAUUGGCUAAGCAAGGGCUACUAAUCGAGGAUCUGGACACGAAGGCGCGGAAGGACCAUGAGGUCAAUCUGUAUACAGAUCUGCUGCGAGUUGUACUGAGCCGUUUGGCGGAGAAUCCUCGUAAGAUCGAGGAUAAGAUCUGCAAGGCAGCUACAGAGAUGGGGGAGAGUGAAGAGCUGUAUCUGGGGGAACCGGUGCCAGAAGAGUUGUUGCAGUGA